CCACCCCCCCCGCCAGGCGUCGGAAUCCCCCCACCACCCAAUCGCGAUUCUGGUUAUGCUUCCGGGGUGCCAGCUCAAGCCUUGCCUUCAGUGGACGGUGGCCGCUCCGCGAUGUUAGAUAGCAUUCAAAAAGCGGGCGGAAUUGGGGCACUCAGGAAGGUAGACAGAACCCAGAUCAGAGACAGAAGCGCAGCAGCAAUCGCAGGGUCGGAUACAGGGCCGCAUGGUAGUGGGCUACCUCCAGCAGGAGUUUCUUCGGGAGGCGGAGGCGGUGGGAUGGCUGAUGCGCUUGCCGCGGCUCUCCAGAAGCGGAAGGAGAGGGUUCGUGAUAGUGGUAGGUUUUAUUUCCCUAGCACCCAUCUAUGCAGGCUUUUCUGGUACUAACACACCAACAGAUGACGAGAAGAGUGACGACGA